AUGGAGCUGGAGUUGGGGCUUGCACGGCCAUACCAUGCGGGCUCGUGCGGGAAGAGGGGCUCGACGGAGGCGUUCGGGGUCAACAAGCCCACGCUGACACUCUUGCUGCGCGACGAUGACGACGACGACGACGGUGACCGCGGCAAGGGCGAAGACGGCACUAGCGACGCCUGCGACUGCGAGAUGGGCACCAGGGCUGAGUGCAAGCCGUGCAGGAGGAAGAGGUUUGUAUGGUGGCCGCCGGUGAAGAGCGCGCACCGCCCGCGCAGCUGCAGCAACGGCGGCCACGUGAAGGUGAAGAUGGAAGGGGUGCCCAUUGGGAAGAAGGUGGACCUGUCCCGCCACGCCUCCUACCACCAGCUCCAAGACACGCUCCGCCUAAUGUUCCCCUCCUCCGCUCACCAAGGUGAUCCGUACCCCGUCAUCUACGAGGACGGCGACGGGGACUGGAUGCUCGUCGGAGACGUCCCGUGGGAGGAGUUUAGCAAGUCCGCCAAACGGCUCAACAUCCUCAUGUCGCCACCGACUACGCUUGCCAUUGUUAGUUGAGUUUGGGCGUCAUGAUCUGCACCGGCGUCUGUCGGUCUGUGUCUAGUUAAUUAGCUUACUAGAUAAUGUUAGUACAAUGUUGUCGUCAUGUCCACAACUAUGGGACUUUCUGAAUUUGUUUCUCUU